ACCCAUCUUCAGCUGCGUUCUCUACGCUCCCCAUAAACUGAAAAACCCAAAAAAAAUUAAAAAAACAAAAAAGAAAAAAUUAAAUUAAUCAAGAAGUUGAAGUUCUUGAUAUGUUGCAAUCAUUGGUUAAUCAGGGGGAGCAGCAGCCGUCAUCCUCCGCCGCGACACAGAGGAUUUCUGAAGGUUCUUGCAAGUACAAGGGCGUCAGGAAGCGCAAGUGGGGUAAAUACGUUUCGGAAAUUAGGCUGCCCAACAGCAGGGCGAGGAUAUGGCUGGGCUCCUACGACACGGCGGAGAAGGCGGCGCGUGCCUUCGACGCCGCACUCUUUUGCCUCCGUGGCAGGAAAGCCAAGUUCAAUUUCCCCGACAGCCCGCCGGAUAUACUCAACGGCCGCUCCCUGACCCCUGCUGCGGCCAGAUUCGCGCACUCUGAACCUGGGUCUCGGAGUUCGGGUCGGAUCGAUAACUUGGAUUCGCAGUCGGAUUCCCUGUCGUCUUCGGAGUUAUUACAGCAUGUGGAGUCGCCUUGUCCUUCUGUAUCGGAUGGAACGGCUCAGCCGGGCAUGGAAUUUACUAAUAUACCCCUGGAUAAUGCGUUUCUGGACCAGAUCCUGACCACGGGCACAGAGAAUAACGUCACGGAUUUCGGGUUAUUUCCGGGAUUUGAUGAUUUCUCCGGCGAUUUUUUGAUGCCACCACCUUUGCCCAACGUCGAUUAUUGGCCAGACAACAACGAGGAAUUAUUAUUUUCGGAGCUUUGGAGUUUCUGAAGUUCGGGUCAGAACCUUCCGGAAAAUUUUGCUACUGGAAUUACUGAUCCUUUUUUUUUAAAUUUUUUUUCAUAAAGUUGAUGGAACUAUUUUAGUGUGACCAUCGACUUUAUAUUUUAUUCUUUUAAUUUUUAUUUUUAAAUUAUUGUUGGUCGUUAUUUUUUUUAAUUAUUCAUUUUCUAUAUCGAAGACGUAAGAUUGUGUAAUAGUUCCAAAAAUGGUACAUAACGUGCAAAUUUUGUAAUGUUUCACUUUAUAAAGAAUCUGUUAUUGAA